AUGGACCCCGGUGCCCAGGAUGUGCCCUCUGCUCCAGUCAAACAGCUGCGUGAUGAACCAGAGAGUGUUACCACCAUAAAGACUGAAUAUAGUCGUCACCUCUACAAUGUGGCCUGUCUUGGUGAUGUAGAAAUCUGGACAAGAGGAGAUGGCAACACCAUGAAACUCUUCAGCAUCAAUCGGGGAUCACUGCUCAAGUCAGUCACAACCAAGUCAGGGUACAUAUCAUGGGACAUAGCAGUGACAAAAAGCGGAGAUCUAGUUUAUACUGAUAACAAAGAUAGAACUUUUGAUGAUCAAGGUAAUCUUCUCUACUCAGCUGGUAGUCGUAACAGACACAUAACUGAGAACAAGAACCUGGAUAUCUGUGUGACUGACAAUGAAGCUAAAGCAAUAGUGGUGGUCAAUCGAGCCGGGAAUCUGAGAUUCAGGUACACUGGACAUACUCCUGCUCCAAAGAACAAAUUCUUCGGUCCAAGAGGAAUCACCACAGACAGUCAGAGUCACAUCCUUACAGCUGAUUAUUACAAUGACUGUGUCCAAAUCAUAGACCAGGAUGGACAGUUCCUCCGUUACAUAGAAUGUGGACUGAGUAGUCCCUUGGGACCAUGUACAGAUAAAAGUGACAAUUUGUUUCUUCUUGUUCUAUUUAUAGGUGUCUUCCUGGAUUCCCCCACCGAAUUCACUGUGGAUGCCAAAUCUGUUACCCCCUCUGGGGAGGGUAAUGUAAGAGCCAUUGUCAACAACCCCUCUGGUACCAAGAAUGACACUAAGGUCACCAACAAAGGAGACGGUACCUACGAUGUACUCUACACACCUGUUGAAGAAGGAACUAUUGCUAUGGAUGUCACCUACGACAACAUGGCAAUCCCUAACAGUCCGUUCAAGGUCAACGCCGUGCCCGGCUGUGACGCCAGUCGUGUGAAGGCCUACGGUCCCGGGCUACAGGGCGGCUACACCAACCAGUCCCAGGUGUUCACCAUCGACAUCAAGGGGGCGGGACAGGGCGGUCUGGGACUGUCCAUUGACGGACCCUCUGAGGUACCCAUCAACUGUAAGGACAACAGAGACGGGACCUGUACUGUGGAGUAUAUGCCCAGCAAACCCGGGGAUUACGAUGUGUCUGUUAAAUUCGCUGACCAAGAGAUUCCCAACUCACCUUUCCGUGUGGCUGUGAAGAACCCAGUUGAUGCCAAGAAGGUCAAAUGUUACGGACCUGGAAUCGAGCCAAUGGGAGUGAAGACCGGUGCCCCUGCGACCUUCACCGUGGAUACCACCGAGGCCGGGGAAGCUCCUCUGGAGGUCACCUGUACUGACCAGAGAGGUCGCGUCCAGCCUGCUCAGCUGACCCCGGUGGCUGAGGGCGUGGUGGACGCCACCUACUACCCCGUGGAGGAGGGGCCAUGUAAGGUGGACGUCAAGUACGCAAACCAACACGUACCAGGAAGUCCAUUCACCACCAAGGUGGAGCCCGGGGUGGACGCCAGCCGUGUCCGGUUGUCUGGAGCCGGCGUCCAGGAGAACAUCCCCGCCAGUUUACCAGUCAACUUCCUCAUCGACACCAGGGAGGCCGGCAUCGCUGACCUGGAAGUUCUUAUCAAGAGACCUGACGGUACCUACGCUCACCCCCACAUCGUUGAUAAUGGUGACGGAACCUUCACCGUGUCCUACGUCCCAGACGACCUUGGAACCUACGAGAUCCUGAUCAGGUUUGGAGGUCAAGUGGUACCCAACACCCCCCUCAAGGUCAACGCCUACCCCGUGGGUGAUGCCAGCAAAUGUAGAAUUACAGAGGGUCUGGAGAACACCACGGUCCCCAUCAACAAAGAGACCGUCAUCUGUGUGGAUGCCUCCCAGGCUGGAGAAGGCAAGGUCACCUGUCGUAUCCGCAGUCCCAGCGGUAACGACAUCGAUAUUGACAUCGUGGAGAAUCCCGAUGGAACGUUCAGCCUCCUCUUCACUCCUCAGAUGAUGGGCGCCUACACCAUUAACAUCAAGUUUGGUGGACAGAGUGUGCCCGGUGGAGAAUACGAUAUCCAGGUUCUUACUAAUAGUGAUUGGGAAAUUUCGGCUGUAAGUCCUGAGGAGUAUGAAAAAUACCUGGAGGAUCAGGUUGGUGCCACUGAGGAUUUGAUUUCCCCCGACACUGUCGACGCAGUACAUGCUGGUGCCCCAGGGGCAGGGCUGUUCCAACCAGUUGACAUCCGUAUCCCUGUCGGACCUAUCUUCAACUUCGUCUCUGCUUAUGUAGUCAUGCCCUCUGGAAAGAAGGCGUACCCCAAAAUCCAGGACAACAAAGAUGGAACUGUUACUGUUAGAUACCAGCCCACGGAAACUGGACUUCACGAACUCUUCGUCAAAUACAACAAUGAUGAUAUUGAAGGAAGUCCAUUCAAAUUCCAUGUGGAUGCCGUCAACAGUGGUCAUGUGACUGCCUAUGGACCAGGUCUGUGUCAUGGAAUCGUCAACGAGCCCGCAGAAUUCACCAUCGUCACCAAAGACGCAGGUGCAGGUGGACUUUCGUUGGCCAUUGAGGGUCCUUCUAAGACGGAAAUUAAAUGUGUGGACAAUGGUGACGGGACCUGCACGGUCAGUUAUAUCCCCACCGCUCCAGGAGAAUACAACAUCACCGUCAAGUUCGCUGACAACCACAUCUCGGGAUCACCCUUCACUGCCAAGAUCAGCCCCACGGCUGGAGAACCACGAAGGAAGGCUCAAAUCGGACGCAGCAGCGAGGUGUCACUAAAGGUCAUGGAGCAAGACAUCAACAAUCUGACCGCCAGCAUCCGGUCACCCUCCGGCCGCGAAGAGCCCUGUCUGCUCAAACGACUGGCCAAUGGACAUCUGGGAAUAUCCUUCACUCCACGUGAGGUUGGUGAACACUUGGUUAACGUCUUCAGAAACGGCCAGCAUAUUAAUGGCAGCCCCUUCAAGAUCAUCGUGGGUGAAAGCGAACUCGGAAACGCCAGCAAGGUCCGCGUGGCUGGACAGGGAUUACAGAAUGGCAUGGCUAACGAGAUCAACGAAUUCAUGGUGGACACCAGAGAUGCAGGUUACGGCGGUCUGAGUCUGUCCAUUGAGGGACCCAGUAAGGCCGACAUUGAAUGUCUGGACAAUGAGGAUGGGUCGUGUCGCGUGACCUACAAACCCACCGAGCCCGGCAACUACAUCAUCAACAUCAAGUUCUCCGACGAACAUGUGCCAGGUUCUCCCUUCAAUGUGAACGUUGGUGGUGAGCCCUCGUCCAGAAUGACGGAGAGAAUAACUCGUCACCGCGAGGCAGCAGAUAUAACUCACAUCGGCAGUCAGUGUGAACUCAGUCUCAAGAUUCCAGUCGCAUUCUUUGCAAGAUGCGCUCAAUACCAAGAGGAAACUCAAAUUCAAACGACAACAGGAACCAGUCCUUUCGACAUGACUGCCUCGGUGACCAGCCCCUCCGGCGUGACUGAGUUGUGUGACAUUGUCAGUCUCGACGACAACCAUUACAGCAUUAAGUUUGUUCCCAAGGAGAUGGGCGUCCACACAGUCAGUGUCAAACACAAGGACAUGCACAUCCCAGGAAGUCCCUUUGAGUUCACCGUGGGUCCCAUCACAGGAGGUGGAUCACACAAGGUCCACGCCGCAGGUCCAGGUCUAGAGAAAGGAGAAAUCAACCAACCAUGUGAGUUCAACAUCUACACACGAGAGGCCGGUGCUGGGGGUCUGUCCAUAGCCGUGGAGGGUCCCUCCAAAGCCGAGCUGGACUUCGAUGACCGCAAGGAUGGGUCAUGUGGUGUCAAAUACGUGGUCACUGAGCCGGGAGAGUACCUAGUCUCCGUUAAAUUUAAUGAUGAACACAUCCCGGAGUCCCCCUUCAAGGUCUACAUCACUCCCAGUAUCGGGGACGCCAGAAAACUGUCUGUGGCAGCACUGCAACAAAAGGGACUGCAGGUUGGAAAACCAGCAGCCUUUGUUGUCAACUUCAAUGGUGCUGCCAAGGGUAAACUCCGAGCCAGAGUUAUCUCCCCAUCAGGAACUGAAGAAGAGGCUCUCAUCCAGGAAAUAGAUGAUGGAGAGUAUGCAGUUAGGUUCAUCCCCCGAGAGAAUGGAGUCCACAAUGUGUUUGUGACGUUUGAUGGAUGUGACAUCCCAGACAGUCCAUUCAGAGUGCUGGUCGGUAAAGUAGACGCUGAUCCAGGCAUGGUUACAGCAUCGGGAGACGGACUCCGCACCGGUCAGACAGGUCAGACAUGUAAGUUUGUUGUCAACACCUGUAACGCUGGAGCUGGUGCCCUAGCGGUCACCGUUGAGGGUCCCUCCAAGGUCAAACUGGAGUGUAAGGAGGUGGACGAGGGCUACGAGUUCACCUACAGCCCCACCGCCCCCGGUGACUACAUGAUCGGGAUCCGAUACGCUGGCGUCAACAUCGCCGGCAGUCCAUUCAAAGCCAAGAUUGAAGGUCCAGGCAAACCCAGUGGUUAUCAUGAACAGGCAUCUGUUGUCGUGGAAACAGUCACAAAGACCAGUGUAAUGAGUAAGUUCAGCGGACUUCAGAAGUUCCAGUCGGAUGCCAGUCGGUGUACAGCGGAGGGAAUGGGUCUGAAGAAAGCAUUCAGAGGAAAACAAGCCACAUUCAGUGUGGACACUUCACAAGCCGGUAAUAACAUGAUGUUUGUUGGAAUGAUGGGCCCUAAGGGACCGUGUGAAGAAUUGUGUGUCAAAAACCAAGGAGGCUACGUAUACAAAAUUAACUAUAUUGUCCGCGAGCGCGGAGAUUACAUGCUGGUCGUGAAGUGGGGAGACCAACAAAUCCCAGGCAGUCCGUUCUGUGUACACGUCGAUUAAAAGUGUGUCUGGAUUUUAUUUUAGGUUUUUUUCAAAUUACGUGUGGCAUAAAGUAAUAUAUAUUAUAUUUUCAUUCAUUCAUCUAUUGAUGAACAUCGUUAUAUCAUGUGACAGUAACAUUUUUUUUUUUCAUACCAAGUGUUCUAAGAUCUGAUAGCCACUGGAACAAGUUCUUAUUUCAAAUUGGUGCUGCUAGAAUUAUAAUAAUUAUCGUUUUUUUAAAUGGAAUCAUUUUUUUCCCUAGGGGCUAUAUUUUAUUACAGUUGAAACUCAAAUUAUGCAAGUUUAUAGAUAGGUAGACAGAUUUUUUUUUUUUAGUGUGCUGUGCACUAUAUCUGGUAUGUAUGUGAGAUGACAAAAUGUACUUAAUACCCGAGUUUGAUAAAUGAUGAAUUUUUUCCAGCAUGCUUUAUAUAUUUUACACUUAUUCAUUAUGCUUGUCCAUAUCAAAUGCUCAAUACUUUUUUCAUAAUAAAGUCUGAAAUCGAUCAAUUUCAAAGUGAUAUUUUUAGGAAUCGAGGGCAUUGUAAGGGUUUAUUAAUGUGAGGUGCAUUAAUUGUGCUAUGUACCCAUCUUGCCAUUGACUUAUAUAAUUAUCUACAAAUGACACAGCAUUUAGUUUACAGACAUAACAUUGUUUAAGAACUUGUGUCAUUGUCUGGUAUUAGAGAGAAAAAAAGGAAUCAUUGACCUUACUUUUUUAGUGGACAAAAAUUGUGCUUCCCUAUGUAUUAUAUUCUUAAAUAAAGAAUGGUUGAGUUUUGUACGUUGAGUAAAUGUAUAUAAUUAUAUAUGAAUUAAUUAAUUAAAAGUUAUUGCUUUAUUUUCAUGAUAUUUGUAUAUGAACUUUCAGUGUUUACUAAUGCAAUAAUAUGUGUUUUUGAUGGAUUGUUAUUCAUAUUCGUUAUGUGCAAUGACAAUAUUGCAAAGCAAGAAAAAAAAUUUCCCCUUCUUUAUUUUAUUGUUUUAUUAAUUUCCAUAGGUGUACUUUUAUCGAUGUUUUGUUAUUGAAAUAUACAUAUAUAUUUAAAACAAUCUAUUAAGUCUUGAAUAUGCAGCCUCUUUGUUUAGUUUAUAAGUAAAUAGAUUUUGUUCCAGCAAGAUCAUAUAGAUUCUACAAAUUGUACUAGUUUAUUUUGAUACAGAUUUACACUAAACAAUAGUGGUUUAAAAUAUAUACAUGGCAUUCUGCAAAGGGUAUGUAUUUUUUAAUCAUGCAUUUUUCACGUAUAGUUAGGCUUAGCCCUACCCCCUUUGCUUUUUUGACAUACCUGUAUGGUCAGAGUUAACUGCCCUUUACACUUUUGAUUACCACUAGAUGUCGCAUGUCUUGUAUGAGAAAAGAUUCUAUUAUGUUGCUACUGUUAAUGUAUGCUGAUUUAUAAAAAUAAAACUAUGAAAAAACGUCA